UAAAAUCGAAAGCGACCAUGAUUGUAAAGAUAGUAGCAGACAAACAGACUGUACAACUCCACGUAUCUGUCAAAUUCGUGGCUCGACGAUCGACGUCGUGUUGUAUUAAUAAUUUAAAAACAAAUCCGCUGUGAUCCGCUGUGACCACUGAAUUGAAGAAAAAAGAAAGCAGAGUUUAUAACUGUGAUAUAAGGCAGGUGUCGGAACAGGGAUAUGGAGAUUUAAAGAACACUAGGUUAGGGCCGUUUAUCAUCAGCUGAUGAUCGUGACCUGCCUCGUGUAUCUGCGUUAUGUAUUAAAAUAUUCGUUCAAAUUUUGAUCAUAUCCAGUCGAGCCGUUCUGUGAUAUAUUUGCAAUAGUUGUGUUCCGGUCAUGGACCCGUCAAAAGACGAGGCGCAGACGGAGGCAAGGUUGAUCGACAGUCUAUCUGCGGAGCAAAGUUCGAGGUGCGAAUCACCAAAACGCGGCACCACGCUCUCCACUAGUACUAGCAGUUUCGAAGCGCUGGAUCCUCAUGACCCGAACCUGAGUCGCCUGGCGAACACAAUGUUCCAGAAGACAGGCGAGUACCUGCAAGAGGAGCUCACUGCCACUCAUGCAGAUUAUCGGCUAUUGGAACGUCUCAAUAAGGAGACCAUCGCCAAAUACACGGAACUGAAGAUUAUCUCCUCGAAUGUAGCACAAUCAUUGGACUCAUUGAACGACAAAUAUCAGAAGUUACAACCGAUCCUGGAUAAUAUAAAUCAGAUCGACGACAGUGUUAGUAAAUUGGAGCAGGCUGCAUAUAAACUAGCGGCGUACUCCAAGCGACUUGAAGCCAAAUUUAAAGAUCUCGAAAAGGAUACAAAGAGUAAAUGAAGCUGUAAUUUAUAUAUAAAUCUUUGUGUCUUUAUACAUCCUAUACAAUAAGAUGAUAAUUAUAAUUAUAUCUUAGGCUACAGUUAUUUAAAUAUAAAUAAAAAAUAGAAUCAUCAUAUAGGAGAGUUAGAGCAAUAGUCUAAAAAGCAUGUUGCAUUUUGUACAUUAUAUUUAUUAGUAUACGAGACCUUUUCAACACGCUUACAAAACUUCUAUAAAAUUGUAAUUUGCCUAUUUUUUUUGCAUAUCAUACAAUAUUUGACUUACAUUUAUUAAAACUGAUAUAUCUUAUUUAGUGUUCUACAUCAAGCCUAAUCUUUCUUCUGCGAUAUAUUAAUAAACUUCACAACGUGCCUGAGUAAUGAUGAUACAAGUGUGAGUAACCAGUAAAAACAAAAAUAAAUUAACUAUAUUUAAUGAAAGAAAUAUCUAUAUAUGUAUAUCAGAUAAUAUUAAUAUAAUGAAAAGUCACUAAUCACUUGACGUAAUUGAUGAUUCAAUAUAUAAAGAUGAAUUUAUUUCUAA